AUGGCCACCAUCGUACCACGCGCCAAGAAGCAGAGGACAAUACCUGACCAGCUUAUCGGCCUCGCUCCUUUGUCCUUACAAGGCGCCGAUCCACUACCAUCACCAACCCAUCAUCACGCUAUGCUAGCACAUCAACAACAUCCUAUACCCCCAUCGUCCCAUCAACAGCAAUAUCCCUACACCACCAGUAACGCCGCCUCCACUUCCACCCACAACAACAUGUCGGCUGCAAGUGGCAGUCGGCCCAUCAAACCCGCAUCAGGCUUUCAAAAGGUCAAUGAACUCAUUGGCGGAAAGAUCCAGGAAGUCUUUGUCAUCGACGACGAUACACCACCGCCAUCCAAUCCGCUCAGCGUACAAGCCGCUCGUGAUCCGCAUCUCCUCAAUAACUAUGCACACGCCGCCAAUGGUCACCGUGCUGCUCCCGCACCCUACACCUCCACACUCCACGGCUACGCUGCCGAUCCACGAUACGAUGCCACUGCACAACUGGCCAAGGGUAAACGGAAAGCACAAGAUGGCCGCGCUACGAAUGCGCAUCCAGGUCCUUCCGCUUCCCAUCUCGACAUGUUGCCUCAUGAUGCCGACCUCAUAGCUCCAGCACCGCAUGCCGGCCUUGACGGAAUCCCAGCCCAAGUUCCCGUCCAGAAGCGACGAAAACGCAGCCACCCUGUCAAGCCGGACGAUAACCUUGUGGCGGGAGGUGCAGGAGCAUAUGAUCCAAACGAUCCCGCCACAGCAGCACAUCUUGCCGCAUCAGGUGCAGCAGGUCUGCUAUCUGCAAAACGGCCUGCACCUGAAAUGGCACAGCCGAGGGUGGCGCCCAACUAUCGAGGUGGCUAUCCAGCAGGCACAGGUGCACUCGACUAUGUUGCACGCUACGAUCCAGCUGCUGCCUUUGCACAAGCGCAUCACGGCUACGAAGGCACCGCCAGCACACGAGACUCUUACGCCAGCUCAGCAUCCUACGUUGCAGCAGCAGCCGCCAACAAUGGUCCUGUCGAUGACGAUCAAGGCCAUUUCAUUGUCAACCAGGGUGACUACGUCACGAGUCGAUACAAGAUCUUGCGGCUCUUGGGUCAAGGAACAUUCGGCAAAGUCGUGGAAUGCUACGACAAGAAGCUACGCAAGUAUGUGGCGAUCAAGAUCAUUCGAGCGGUGCAAAAGUAUCGCGAUGCGAGUCAGAUCGAGAUUCGAGUCCUGCGGACACUGCGCGAGAACGAUCCAGGCAACGAGAACAAGUGUAUUCACUUGUUGGAGACGUUCAACUUCAAGAACCACGUCUGCAUCGUUUCCGAGCUGUUGGGCAAGAGCGUAUUCGACUUUUUAAAGGAGAACAAGUUUCAGCCUUUCCCGCCAUUGCAUAUCUGGAAAUUUGCCAAACAGCUUAUGCAGAGUGUUGCUUUCUUGCAUCGACUCAACUUGGUUCACACGGAUCUUAAACCGGAAAACAUCUUGCUUGUCAGUAGCGAGCAUUCCAUCGUGGCGACAUCAAGGAGGCAGAAUGCCAAACGCAAACAUGUUUUGCACAAUACCGAGAUUCGACUGAUCGACUUUGGAUCGGCGACGUUCAACGACGAGUUUCAUUCUUCCGUCGUUUCCACUAGACACUAUCGUGCGCCGGAGAUCAUCUUGUCCAUGGGUUGGUCCUUCCCGUGCGACGUAUGGUCCAUUGGAUGCAUCCUAGUCGAGUUCUUCACCGGCGAUGCCCUCUUUCAGACCCACGACAAUCUCGAACAUCUCGCAAUGAUGGAAGCGGUACUCGGUAAAAUGCCGGAUGACUAUAGGAGAAAAGCGGAAACGUACAAACCCGAGUACUUCAAGCACGGUGCACUCAAGUAUCCGGUCCCGGAAACUAGCAAGGAUAGUAGGAAAUAUGUUAGGCAGAUGAAAAAGUUGCAGGAUCUCAUCAAUGGGCCGACAGCACAACAGGGGCAGUAUGCGAAACAUCACUCGAGGUUGCUCCAUCUGCUGAGGCAGUUGUUGGAGUUCGAUGCUAGCAAGAGGAUCAAGGUUGCGGAUGCGUUGAAGCAUCCUUAUUUUGAGCUGGAGGAGGCGGAUUUCCCUCCCGUCUAA